AUGAACAGGCAUGCAUUUGUGGAAAUGACGCCAUUGCGGCCCGAACCCACGGACGGGAGUCCAACUCGCGGGUCGCAGCCGGCGGCAGUCGGGCAGCCACAAUUCUUUUCGAGGCGUGAUGAUAUGUCGUAUAUUUGGGGAACGGGGAUAGCAGUGGAGGUAUUUCGAGCAGAGUUUCAGCGUUUCCUUGAAACUUUUGAAAUGCCACAGGAUGUAGGCGCUGCUCCGGGUGCUGAUGCCGGGGCGCACCGCGGUGGAACCAGGAAUUUUUUUCUUCAGGAGCUCCUCCGCCUUAGAUUGCAGAGGCGGAGUUUGUUUGAAAUGGAUCUUCAGCUAUUUUGCCGUGCAGCCCCACGACUUUACCAACAGCUCAUAGCACAUCCCGUUGAGUGUCUCCAAAUGAUGGAGAGCGUUGCUGAGGAGGUUAGCGGGCGCCUCGUGGCCGCUGCAGGAACGCAUCCCUCAAUGCCCGGUGAAGAUGAGUUUAUACUUCGCAUCGCCCCCAGGAACCAUCCCGAAAUUACGACUCUCCGUGGUUUGUCCACGCGGCAACUGGAGCAGCUAGUGUCCCUUCAGGGCAUGGUGGUGCGUGUAUCGAAGAUUAUUCCAGAAAUACGCGUGGCACUCUUCCAGUGCUGGAGCUGUAAUCACACUCGGCAUAGUGUGGUGGAUCGCGGUCGAAUCUUCGAACCCACGCGCUGCGACAGUUGCGGCAAACAAUAUUCCUAUAGAAUCAAUCAUAACCUCUCAGUAUUUGAAGAUAAACAGUUAGUACGGCUUCAGGAGGCGCCUGAGCACCUCGCGGAUGGUGAUACACCGGUCACAAUGUCCGUUGUAGUGUACGGUGAUUUCGUUGACUCCAUUGUUCCUGGUGACCGUGUUGUGGUGACGGGUAUAUAUCGUGCAUGGCCCGUUCGUCUCAACUCGAACACACGAAUUAUCCGGAGCAUCUUUUCUACACACGUCGACGCCGUGCACAUUGAACACCGCAGAGCUGGGCGGAAUGCCUGGGCUGACCAGCAGAGACAAUCGGCGGGAGAGGACGAAGGGUUGCCUGAAGAUCCUGCAGUGGUGGCACGGCACAACAUGUUUCGGCAUAUUGCGGCUCGGCCAGAUAUUUAUGAUGUCAUAUUGAAUAGCUUUGCCCGCACAAUCUGGGGCAACGAAGAUGUGAAGCGUGGCAUCCUCCUGCAACUAUUCGGUGGGACACGCAAAGAGCUCAAAUGCGGUAGCUUCCGUUCUGAGAUAAACAUUAUUCUGUGCGGAGACCCGGGCGUUGCGAAGUCCCAGUUGCUAACCCAGGUACAUGAAAUUGCUCCACGCGGAGUAUACACCUCGGGCAAGGGUAGCAGUAGCGCCGGUCUCACUGCCUUCGUAGUUCAGAAUAAUGAGACGGGGGAGUUGGUGCUUGAGCCUGGUGCUCUUGUGUUGUCCGACCGCGGUCUGUGUUGUAUUGAUGAAUUUGACAAGAUGAACGAGGCUACGCGCUCCGUGUUGCACGAGGUGAUGGAGCAGCAGACACUUUCGAUAGCGAAAGCAGGGAUUAUUGCCCAACUAAACGCCCGCACAUCUGUCCUAGCCGCAGCCAAUCCUAAGGAGUCGCAGUGGAACGUGAACUUGAACGUAGUGGAGAAUCUCCAAAUCGAACCGACAUUGCUCUCUCGCUUUGACCUUAUUUUCCUUCUAAUGGACCGGCACGAUCCAGCGGAAGACCGGCGGUUGGCCUCACAUGUUCUGUCUCUCUUUAUGGAGACCGACGAAAGUCGUGCAUCAGGGAAUGCCGCUGUGCCCACAGAUGAUGAUGACGAUGACGUGGAUAACGCCAACGGUGGAGGUACGUCUGCGUCGAGGGGUCACUUAGCCACCAGUCGUGCCCCCAUUUUACUUCAGCAUGAUGGUGAAGUGUACUUGGAGGGAACGGAGGAAAAACCGUACAUGCCUGCCCGCGUCCUUUCGCAGUACAUCGCGUUCGCCCGUGAGAACAUCCACCCAAGGCUGACUGGGGCAUCGCACAAACAACUUGCCGCUUCAUAUGUCGAAAUGCGGCGUGCUCGUGGGAGUACCCGCACUGUUUCAGCAACCCUUCGCCAGCUCGAGUCCAUGAUUCGCCUUGCAGAAGCCCGCAGUAAAAUGCGGCUUGGCGACACGGUUAGCGUGGAGGACGUGCGUGAGGCUAAGUGGCUUAUAAGUGCCGCCCUCAAGGAGGCGGCAACAGACCCAAGAACUGGGCGCAUCAACCUUGACGUAUUUAACGCACCAGAUCCUACGCGACAGACGGUGGAAGGGAGUAUGCUCCGCUUGGAGAAACUCAUUGAGCAGCGGUACAUCUCAGCAGGGCACACCACAGCAACCGUAAGCGAGUUGCGGCUCGCGUUGAAUGAGUCCUUUGGUUCAUCAAUGCGUCCAUUAUCAAUUGUUCAGUUCAUGGAACUGCUUGCCCUGAUGGUCGGUGGUGAUCACGUGAAAUCCUUCACUGCCUCAACUGUAAGUUUCGCCGGUAGGCUUUCGUGA